GACAUCAACCUCCUCCUCACUCUCGCUUGGCCACAGACACCUUGGCGACGCACGGCAUGGGCAACAGCCUGCCACUGCCAUGCGCGCGCCACCUCGAGGCUGAAGGCGCCGCCGGCGGCGGCGCCAAGAAGAGAAGGAAGCAGGAGAGCCGUCCGGCCUGCCGCAGGAACGUCAGGGAGGUGGUGCGGCCGGGGCUCGUGGUGCCGGUCGCGGACGGCGGCGACGGUGGGGAGGAGGAGGAGGAGAAGAGGGAGGCGGUCAAGGAGGCGCGGCGGCCCGGGUGCCGCGUGGAGGAGCCGGCCGGAUGCUGCGGCGGCGAGGACGGCGGGGUGCGGCGGGUGAGGAUCGUGAUGAGGAGGAAGGACAUCGCGGAGCUGGUGGCCAGGCUGGAGCAGCGCGACGCGGCGGAGAGGGACGCGAACGCCGCCGUGAUGGCGGCGGAGCUCAGCGCCGUCCUCGGUGGCGACGGCGACGGCGACGGCAACGAUGGCGGCCGCGGUGGCAGCGUCACGAUGAGCCCGUGCCGGGACGCGUGGAGGCCGCGGCUCUCCGUCAUACCGGAGAACUACUAGCUAGAGUGCGUCGUCCUGCUGUGCAGCAUGUCACCUCGAUGAUCGAUCUGCAUGAUUUGGUUUUCCAGUAGCAGUAGUUCGCUUCGCCAAGCAGCUGUGUACACUUCGGAGCAGUCAGCAGUCUGGCUUCUUUUAACUUUUCUUUUUUCACUCCUUUCGAUCUUGGGAGCGGGGAGCCUGCCAUGGUCCAGAGCAUGCAAAGAGGUGACAACUAGUAGCUAGUUAGAUUAGAUCUAUGCUCUGGAUGGCCGGGCUCUGUUAUUAUGGACCAUUACUCAAUAUGAUGUACAUAAAAAAAUAUGCUAGUGUUUGGAACAUGCAUGUGUACUGGAUGUAUCGAAAGGUGCAAGCAAGGCUUCACUGUGACAUUCAUCAAUUCA